GUAACUUCCUUGAUUCAAACGAGCGUCAAUGGGCGUCCUGGCUGGUACGAUGAUCGUCAAAGCUAAUAUCGCUAUGUUUAUCGUCAUCAUGUUCAUCAAUAAAUGUCCUAGUAACAAUAUAUCGAAGAUGAACGGAACUUGUGUUGCUAGAUUCCUCGGUAGGAUUUCAUUUCAACCUCUCAAAGAGAAUCCUCUCUUCGGUCCUUCUUCUUCAGCAUUGGAGAAAUUAGGAGGAUUAGAAUGGAGUAAGAUAGUGAAUGAACAUCAACAGUGGAAAUUGAUUAGUUGUGUAUGGUUACAUGCUGGACUUAUACAUCUUUUUGCGAAUAUGUUAAGCCUUGUUUUCAUUGGAAUUCGACUUGAACAACAAUUUAGAUUCCUUCGGAUUGGAGGAAUUUAUCUAUUGUCUGGAUUUGAUGGAAGCAUAUUAUCUUCAUUGUUUAUACAGAAGAAUAUUUCAGUUGGUGCUUCUGGAGCUUUGUUUGGUCUUCUUGGUGCUAUGUUAUCUGAACUUUUCACUAAUUGGACUAUUUCAGAAGGUCCUCUUCAUGGGAUUCCUUAUGGGUUGAAGGACACAAUAGCUGUACCAGAAUACAAGACGAUGUGGGGCUCAAAACCUUCAAAAAUCAAGUAUUGA